GGCUGGCCAAUGUGCCUUCUAAAUAUACCCCAAGGCCUGCUUGGAACAGCCUGCUUAGGGUGGAGAUAAGGCUGUUUGUUCUGCCUCUGUUCCAGGAUGUGUGGCUGCAGAAAAUAAAGAAAUGGCCAGGGAGGAAGCCAAGCCUGACCUUCUGAGAUAAGACUGCUCCUGCCACAAGUGUGUGCCUGCGCUUCUGCUGCCAGGAAACAGGACAGUUGGUUUUUAACUUCCACGAUUGCUGGCACUUCCAACUGGGCUGAGGAAGACAAGAGCGUUCAUGGGUGAAGCUUGAGGGGAGCCCUCUGUCGUUGUAAGACCUUGACUGUGAAUCUCUUCCGAAUCCCUCAGAAUGCUGUUCUUCUUGUUUCCUCUCCUCUUCCAGCCCCAAGGUAUUUGUGGGAUCAGCAGAGAUGAAGGAGACUUCCGGUUUUGUGCAACCAGGAAUCAAACAAAGAAAAGCAAUAUCAGCUAUGAAAUCCAGAGUGACGGCAUCAGCAUUGUAAACAGUGCAAACAAACUGAUCCUAAGGGCACCUUUCACUCCAGAAAUUCAGUGUGGACGUAUUGCAGAAUCUAAGGAGUGUCCUCUGCCAGAACAAUUGGGGCCUUAUCGCAUCUGUUUAAACUUGUUUCGGCAUGACAGUCGUUUGAUGAUCACCUAUGGGAAGUCCAAAACGAAUUUCAGCCUGACUAGCCAGCAUACCCUGUACUGUCCCAUUACAACUGAAAAUUCUUCUCAAAAUGGCCCCAAUGUGCUUUAUAGGGUCUCCUAUGCCUUUAAUAGGGGUGUCCACAACACAUCUCUUCCAGACAUGUCUGCAUUUCAUUUCUACUUCACAGGUGAUCAAGGAAAGACGCCUGUUCGAGUAUGCGAUAUGGAAGGAGAAGUUAGGAGCGUAGAAGAAAAGCUGAAGACCCUGGAAAAAGGCGUGAAGCUUGGCAAGAGUGGCAGGAACGGCCUUCGGCCAAACCCAUUUGAGAUGCUCCAGCGUUUGGAGUCAGAGUUGGGAGAAGCAGAAUUCCAAGGGAAGAACAAGACUUUUGGGAAGGGAGCACUGCUGCAUGCAAGCGUCUGGAAUUUCCAGUCCUUGAGUCAUCAGAAUAUAACUUUGGGACCCAAGCUGGAGGGGGACAAAGAGGUUCGUGGCUUUGAAGUGAUGCUGCCCAAAGCGUUCCUGGACAAAGUCACCCUCGCAAAACCCAAACUCGGGCGCAGGCCUGCUACACCGAGGGCAGUGCUGCUGGUGGUUUCAAGCUCCACCCUCUUUCAGGUAAGGAUGUGCAGAGAGGCCAUGGGUACGUUCACCAAGGAAACCCACCUAUCAGGCACAGAGAUGCUGCAAAGGCAUAUUAUGGCACAAAUGGGCUCUAUAAAAAGAUGUGACUUGGGUGGUCUCAAAUGCUCCGAUCUUUAUUUCCUGCAGGAUCAAAGUUCUUCUGACCAGAUCCUGGGUGGGAAAGUGGUUGGCCUCUCCAUCUGGAACACUUUAGUCCAUGGCCUGCUCAGAGAGGAGCGGGUGGCACUCACCUUCUGGCACAACAGUCUUCCGUCGAACGUGACUCCCCAGUGUGUGUUCUGGGACAUUGGCUCUGAAGCUGGCCAUCCAGGCAAGUGGAAUUCAUCUGGCUGUGAAGCAGAACGAGGAGCGGACCGAACCAUCUGCCGCUGUGACCAUCUCACCUUUUUUGCUGUGCUAAUGGUGUCCUCCCCAGAAAUCGACCGCAGCCACCAGGUCUACCUGACCUUGAUCAGUUACAUAGGGUGUAUCAUUUCAGCCGUGGCAUCGUUCUUCACCAUCUUCUUCUUCCUCUGCACAAAGAGGAAGCAAGGGGACAACAUUGUCUACGUUCACAUGAACCUCCUCUGGGCCAUCUUCCUCCUCGACAUGAGCUUCCUCAUCGCAGUGCCUCUGGCCCCUACUGGUGGUGAUGUAGCUUGCAAAUCUGGCGCCAUGUUUCUGCAUUUCGGGGUGCUGGCCUGCCUGACCUGGAUGGGUAUCGAGGGCUACAGCCUGUACCUCCUUGUGAUCAGAGUCUUCAAUUCCGACAUCAAGCACCUGCUCCUUAAGCUUUGCCUGGUGGGCUGGGGUCUUCCCAUAUUCAUUGUUCUGCUGAUCUCUGUGAUCAACCAGUCGCAUUACGGACAUCUCACCAUUAAAGUGUAUGAAUCCUCUGGGGAAUAUACCAAUACAACAAUCUGCUGGAUCACCAAAAAAGAGAUCAACAACUUCCUGAAUCUGGGCUUUCUAAGCCUGGUGCUCUUCUUCAACACCAUCAUGCUGGGCGCGAUGGUGCAAGCGAUCCUCAAGCUGCGAUUUCAGUGGGGAUAUGCCGUGAUGCUCCUGGGGCUGAGCUGUGUGCUAGGCAUCCCUUGGGGGCUGGCCUUCUUCUCCUUCAGCUCUGGAACCUUCAAGCUGGUGUCCGUGUACCUUUUCACCAUCAUCAACUCACUCCAAGGGUUCCUCAUCUUCCUUUGGUACUUGGCAAAAACCCUCCAGUCCCGCAGGUCUUCCUCCUACUUCUACAGCACAACUUCCAGCAGCAUCAAGCUACAGCCGAGCAGCACCAGCAUAUGACCCAGUGAGGGGUCACAUUCUGCUUGGAUGUCCUGCCUUGCCUCCUGUGGAACCGAAGGCCUCAUCCCUACCUGCUUCGGAAAUCCAGACUUUCAGGAAUCACUUUGUCCUUGCACUGCUCAUAGCUGAGUGGUUGGCGUACAGGCUGUUAUAAAACCUGGGACCUUCCAUGCCUGUCUCUGCCCUAUUUAUCAGGGAUAUCCUCACCUCUAACCCCCCGUCUCCGUGGAAAGCGCUCACACCUGUUGAGUACGUGCGAGGGAACUGUUGCAAAGAGGAAACCACAUCCACAAAUUGUUUAAAUACAGUAUUUCUUUAUAUACUGGUAUAUAUUUGUGUAUUUUUUUUAAAAAGGGGAACUCUUUUGUGACUCCUUUUCCUAACAAAAAAGGACUGCUCUCCUGCUCCGCCAUCGGUUAUGAGGCAUGUCGGGGUAUGUGAUGGCAAAAAAUAAAAAAAAAAAUGGAUAGGUAUUGAGAGCAUGGAUAACAAAACACCCUGAAGAAUACAAUGGAAACGAGUUAGAAAUUAUUCUGUUGCAUGCCACCCCAAUCUCCGAGCGGUGCGAGGUUCCAGGCACUUACCCAGGAUUCGUGUUGCCUUCACAAUGGGCCACAGCGGAGACUGUGGUGUCUUUGUGAUAUACGGCUUAUUUACACACAUCUAUACAAUCUGAGCCCAUGAUGGAGGUGCUCACAGCAUUAACAUCCCAAAAGGAUCUUGUUUCUCCCACAGGCACAGCCUUAGAUUCAAACAGACAUCAAACAUCGCUCUCUGUCCAUCUUCUAGUUUACAUCACAGCCCUCAAACUCUACUCCAGACUCUGGCAUUUGUCCUUCUCACUAUCUGCAAGCUGAAGGAGAAGCCCCGCCUGCUUGUUGUUUCACACAGAGCUUCAGUAUCUUAAUCUGGAAGCCUCAUCUAGAGACUAGCCUGGCAUAUAUUUUAACAUUCGCUGGAUCAAGGCAUUAGAGGGGUCUGGUACCUCCGAACUCAAAACAAUACUAUAAUUUGCAGAAAAAACAAAGUUGUUUCAAAUGAUUUUUUUUUUUUAACUCUCACUAACAAAGCAGAAGUGGCCAAGUUCACUGCCGGACUUGCAAAUAGGAUCAAAGGACCUAGCAGGAGGUGUGGAAAACUGGAAGGUGUGAAAACAACCACUUUGGAAAAACAAAUGCAAGAAGGCCACAGGACUGCUGAGCGGGCUGACUCUCUUCGGAUUUUCCUGAGCAUAGAGAAAGUCUAGAUUUAUGGAGGAGAAAGUGUGGACAGACCCCCGAACAGUCCUUUCUGUGUGUAUAAGAACAGUAGCCCUGUGGUGUACCCAACCAUACUGGCAUUCUCGUCCUAAAACAAUAGCUGCAAUAGCUCUUUCUCUCUUUUUAAACUGUAGUGUGGAAAGCUGAUAAAACCCUUUUUGUAAUUCAAAAUGCACUUGUUAGAAAUCCUUUGCGGCAGAUGCUUUGCUUGGCUUUGCUUGACUUCACCUGGAUUAAGUAACUCCUUCAAGGGUGGGGUCCCUCCGGUGCAUUCCUCCCUGGGGGCUGCUCUUUGAAAACACCAGCUGCUGCAGAACUAGCCCAGCAACAACCCCCCCCCUCUGCCGUUCCCUUGCUGGCUGUGCCCCACCCAGAGCAAGUCCCAGCAGCACUCUCUCGCCAGCUUGCAGGCUUCUUGUUCCCUUCUGGGCACAAUUCAGAGAACAAUAAAGCCAUUUUCUUCGGGA